CACCCCUCCUUCUCCUCCGCCAGCACCCCCUCUUCGCCUUUCGUUUCUUCGCUUGUUUUCUUCGAUUCCAUCCGUUUUCGUGGGGGGUUUAUAUAUAUACAUUUUUUUUUUUCUCUCUCUCUCUCUCCGCCAUCCUCGCCGCCCAGAUCUCUCUCUCUCUGUGCCUCCUCCCUCCUUUGAAUAAGUCGGCUAAAGGAGAGAUCUGGAGUGGGGAGGGAGGGGGGGGGGAUAGUGGAGCCGAGCAAACCUGUGGCGGAGGAGCCGGCGGGUGGAGAGUGGCUUUUGGAGAGUGUUGGAAGUCGUCAGGAUCCAGAUGGGCUCCGUCGGGAAUGCUAGCGGGACGGGAGCGGCGCCGGGAGCGGCUCGCUGAGCUCUGGCCGGGCUGGGCUUGCCUGGAACUCCGCGGGAGGAGAGGUGUGUGGUCCUGUGUGGCUUUGCUGGACUCCAAGAGGAUCUGCUCGGUGCCUGGGAAAUCGAAUUCCCCCAUUGUUCAGCCGUAAAAUAGCUGCACCAGGCCGUGAUUGGCAAAGGACUGGAUGCCCAGGUUGCUUACAUCACGUAGGCAGCUGCCACCGAAAUGACACACUUGAUUGAAGGCCAAAAGAACCAUAUACGUAACUGCCUGUGAUUAAGCUCCAUAUGAUGCCUCAGAGCAAGUAAAAACCCCUCCUUCAUCUCAGCUUGCUUGUAACGAGACAGCCGUUGCAGGGAUAUCAUUUGGGUCAUGUUGUGGCUUUUGGGGGAUUUUUUGGGGUUGUUUUGGGCUGGGUUUUUUUUGCUUCUGGCUGUAAACUUCCAUGACCUGCACCAAUCUGCUGUUGCACCCUUGCGUGAUGCCCCAUGAGAGCCUGGUGCUGUAGGUGUGCUGAUAGCUGGGAAUACAGAUUUUAUCAGGGAGAAGAUGCCAUUCCACCAUGUGACAGCUGGCUUGUUGUACAAGGGCAACUACCUGAACCGCUCGCUCUCCGCCGGCAGCGACAGCGAACAGCUCGCCAACAUCUCCGUGGAGGAGCUGGAUGAAAUCCGGGAGGCUUUCCGAGUGCUGGACAGGGAUGGGAAUGGCUUCAUCUCCAAGCAGGAGCUGGGCAUGGCGAUGCGCUCGCUGGGGUACAUGCCCAGUGAGGUGGAGCUGGCCAUCAUCAUGCAGCGCCUGGACAUGGAUGGGGAUGGCCAGGUGGAUUUCGAUGAGUUUAUGACCAUCCUGGGCCCCAAGCUGGUGUCAUCGGAGGGCAGGGAUGGCUUUCUGGGGAACACAAUAGACAGCAUAUUCUGGCAGUUUGACAUGCAGAGGAUAACGCUGGAGGAGCUGAAGCACAUCCUGUACCACGCCUUCCGCGACCACCUCACGAUGAAGGACAUCGAGAACAUCAUCAUCAACGAGGAGGAGAGUCUCAAUGAGAACUCUGGCAACUGCCAAACAGAGUUUGAAGUGCACGCCCAGAAGCAGAACAGACAGACCUGCGUGCGGAAGAGCCUUAUCUGCGCCUUCGCCAUGGCCUUCAUCAUCAGCGUCAUGCUGAUCGCGGCCAACCAGAUCCUGAGGAGCGGGAUGGAGUAGCCCCUGGCCAUGCCACUGUGACCCAAGCUGCCCAUGCAUGUGCAUGCCCACCUGGGGGACCUCCCCCUGGCCCGACUCCACACGGCAAAGAGACACAGGCAGGCAAAGCACCACUCGAGCGGGAGCCCGAGGCCAGCGGCGUAAACGUGUCUUGUGAAUCAACCACAUCCUUUUUGGCAGGGACAUCAAAGGGCUGUCUUAAUGCUUUAAAGGUUUUGUUUCCUAAUGCAAUAAAAAAACACCCCCACCAUCCCCCAUGUAGAGGAGUCCCAAAUUACUGCUUCAAAACAGCGAUGGUGACUCGGAAGGGACUUGGAUCCAGCAGCCUGUGUGGCAGUUUUGAGGAGGCACAGCCUCAGGACUUACUGCAGUGGGGCUGUCUUUGAACCAGGGGCCCACUGACUAUCCCACUGGGCCCACAUUCCCAGGAAGUUGAUCGUAGCAUUGCCACAAGCAAGUCCCAUUUGUUUGAUUUCACGUCCUCCAGCUCCACUUUCUUUUCCCUUAUGACCAUGCCAUGGAGUUCACGGCAUCAGAGGGGAGCCAGAGCAUCUUGUACAGUAUUUUCUGAGGAAAAAAAAAAAAAGGAGAAUUCGCCAGCAUCACACAAAAUGUCUAUUUUUUGCUUCCUAAACACAAGACUGGAGGUAGUAGGAGUCUGUUUGCCAUUUAUUCCCGACUGUGAAUCAGGGCUUGAGAAGCACCACCCGUUUUUCACACAUGGGCAUUGGUGAGACUUGUGCACAGUCUUCCAACUGACUCUGCAACCACCAGCACAGCUCCAACUCCCUCUAUCUGGUCCUGUCUGCAUAUUCAACAACAUUUCCUCCCCAGCAGUUCUGCCUUUCUUUGAUAUUAGCCUUCAAGAACCUUAUUCAAGAUGAAAAUCCCGAGGGAAGCUCUUUCUGGGCUUUCCUUCCCUCUCCUCGCCUGGGCAAAUUUUAUUUCCUUAAUUUCACACGCCCUGGUUGGAAUCUGCAGUGAAACCUCCGUGUCAGACAUCCUGUGGGAGAGGUUCCCUUUCCCCUCACGCUGCAGAGUGUGGGUUUGACCAUCCAGCUGCUCUGGUGCCUCCCAGGAGCCGUCCCAGCACCACCACCUCCGUCCCUUGGGCAGGUUCCAAAGAGGACAAGAGGAAAAGGAGAAGAAGGAUCCAAACCAGAGCCCACCACCAUGUGUUCCGAGGUGUGUCAGACUUUCAGAUCCUGUGAGUGUUUGUCAGCUCCCCUGGAGGAGAUUUUAAUGAGCAGCAAGGAGAAGAUGGAGCGAUGCAGACUGGAGACAUGAGCACUGGGCGAGCCUGGAGCCAGGAUUACAGCAGCGAGGAUUUUUCCUUUUCAGCUUGACACAAAUCCUUGCAUUUGCCUUUGGAUGAACUGGGUGUCACACCGGGACACAUCCAAUUCCUUGCCCCAGUGGAAGAGGUUUCCCAGCUGGUGCUCAUGGAGCGCUCCCAGGGAGGUCCGUGGAGUUGGAGCUGAGUUGUUGUUCCGGCUGGGAAAGCUCCAGAGCUCCAAGGAACAGUGAGAUCUUGCUCCUGUAAAUGUAGGUGACUGUUUCCUGUGCCACAGGAGGGGCAGGAUGGCUCCCCAGGGGAUUGCAAACCACCAGCUUCCCCCAUCCUACACAGCAGCCAUUGACUUAAACCUGGAUCCAUCCCAAAGACUCAUUGCAGGUUGUUCUUCGGUGACAAGUUUGAUUGAUAACAUUUAACCUGUAUUUUUAGUAGCCUAAUUUAAAAAUCUGUUUCUUGUUGGUCUGUGUCCCAUCAGCCCUUUUGAACUCAAGUCAACCACCUCAUCCCUGUCAUUUCCCUGGUGUCCCCCUCCACCCCAAGGACAACAACCCCCUUUUCCAGAGCAGCUGAGGUUUUUAUUCUGCCUUUCCCAAAACACCCAACUUCUGCAUUUCUGUUCUGUUGCGACUAAUUGGGGUGAACUGCAAAAUAUUCCCUAACAAACUGGUUCUAUCUCCCAGAAGAUGGCGAGGUUUGUGUUUGCUGGAGGGCAGCAGCAGACUUCAAACCAGCAGCAGAAUAUCUUAGGGCAGCUCUGGCGGGGGAUCUGCAGUGUUGGGGGGCCAAGGGACACUGGCUGAGCUGGACAGUGCAGAUAAUGAGCUUUGAGAUCAUCUGAAGGCAAUUGUCAUCACAUUCUGAGGUCUCAGGGGUCUGUGGAGAGGUGGCAGCAGUGAAAAAAACCCUCUAAAUAUUACUUGUCAGUGAGUAAUCCUUAUUUUUUUCUCCUGGGGCUGUGCUGGAGGGAACAUGGAGAGGUGGGGGUGGCUGGAGAGGUGGGCACUGACCCACUCCCCCCCUCAGCAAUGGCAGAAACAUGGGGCCUCUUUGCUGAGCCCACAAACACAACCUAAACCACAGACCAGGCAUCUCCACCCCCUUCUCCCAGUGAACACCCAGCAGACUCCCACCAUUGCAUCUCCCUUAGGAUGAGGUGACUGUCCGCAUCCCUCCAAGCUUUCUGGAAGGCUCCAUGAUUUCCUCGUGCAUGCUCCAUAAAAACCAUUGUAAAUACAGCCAUUCUUCACCCUGAAGCUCCAUUUGUAGAACCAAACCUAGAACUAAUACCUUGGUAAAAGCCAUAGCCUGGUGUCAGUAGAGUUCAUUGCACAACUCCCCACUGAUUUCACUGGGUACAGGAUUUUGGGGUGGUGGGAGGGGUUUGGGGGCGAUUUUUCCGUAGGGAAACUAAUUUAUCUGUUAGGAAUCAGUGUCAUGUCUUGCCAGAGGUCUUCUUUUCCUUCCUAGAUCAGCCUUUCAUCUAUGGGCAUCUUGAAGAGAUCCCUUCUUGAAUCAGUCAGGCUCCACUGGCAAUGCAGGGUGGAUCAGGCGAAGCUCUUUCAUCCUUUCCUCUCCCCAAAACCUUCCCAUCCUUCCUAACCAGCAGCACUGGACCUCUGUCUCCUCCCAACCUCCCUGGCUCCAUUUAUGUAACAUCCAUUUAUCUUUUUUUUCUUCUUCUUCCACAAGAGGGGGGGGGGG